CGAAUAAACGACGCAUGAUGCCAGUCACAUCAAAAACAACCAAUCAUAGGCAAGCAGUGUUAAUCGUCACAUGUAAAACCUGAACACGAAUCGUUGCUUUCAGUAACAUGUCGCUGAGGGAACGAAUACUUCGCCGUAAGAGACUUCGCCGUUAAAAGUUUUUUCCUCGAGACAGAACAGUUUGCCCCAGGGCAUAUUUCGAAGAAACUUACGAUUGGAGGACUUUGAGUGACAUGGAAAUUGCGACCGCCUCGUUUUUCAUUCGUUUCACUUUUCUUGUAUUUCUACUGCUUUUAGUGCAGUUUAGGCUCUCACUGUCGUGCAGUGGCUCCACAAAUGCGCUGGACAAAAGAGGCCCGAGAAAAGCUUUAAUGCUGGAACAGAGCGUGCCAGAUACUUCAGAAUACAGUCAGCAAGCAAGUGGACCAUCAAAAGGAAAGAUAACAAGAAACUCUCCUGAGUUUGAUAAACUUAAACCCUGCUACAACAACGCUAUAAUAUUCAAAGACGAAGAAGGAACCGGGGCAGAUCGCUUGAUGUCGAAGAGAUGCCAAGACAAAUUGAACACGUUGGCGGAUCUUGUAAGACGACAAUGGCCCACAGUAAAGCUCGUCGUUACAGAAGCAUGGGAUGAACAGGGACAGCAUUCGGAAAAUUCGCUGCAUUACGAAGGAAGAGCAGUCGACCUACGUUUGUCCGACAAGGACAAGACUAAAAUCGGUUAUCUAGGGCGACUAGCUGUUGACGCUGGUUUUGACUGGGUUUACUACCAGAAAAGGACUCACAUUCACGCUUCAGUCCGCGAAGAUGGCUACAAAGACGAAGCUUGGGGAGGAUGUUUCAGCUCUGACUCAGUCGUUAAACUGGAAAAUGGCGCUGAUUUGCGGGUCCGAAAUCUGCAAAUAGGUGACAUUGUACAGGUUAUGACAGAGGAAGGAAAAUUGGGUUACAGUGAAAUUGUAAUGUUCGCAGAUUUUAAACCCGACAUACCUCGUGCUUCGCACGUUUUAAUCGAGACCGAAAAUCCCGCCAAACGAAUUACACUUACACCCUCGCACCUUAUUUUCACCACGAGCAAUUCCUCAGAGAGUCGGCUAAAAUCAAAACAAGCCGGAAAAGUGUUACCUGGCGAGUUUCUGCAAGUUUCAUCACAAGGCAAGCUUGUCCCAUCGUUGGUGAGAAGAGUGUCUGUUGUCAAACGAACUGGCAUGGUCGCACCAGUAACCAUGCAAGGUAAUGUCAUUGUGGAUGGUGUUCUGUGUUCAUGCUAUGCCAUGAUAGCCGAUCACGAUAUUGCGCACAUGGUUUUCAGUCCUCUGAGACUUGUACAUAGUUUUGCGUCGAAUCUCUGGAGAAUGGACAUGUCAAUUCAACAAGGAAUGCAUUGGUAUCCAGGACUGCUGAUGAAAAUAAAUGCUUUAUUGGGCAUUUAUGAGCUCUCGUGAAUGCAAUACGCUGGAUGUCGAAUUAAAAUUACAAAAGAGGAGAGAGAGAAUUUUUUCUCUUUCCUCAAUCGUGGCUGCCCUGCUACAACCUUUUUGACUUUCGCAUAACUGUUCUUUGCAAAAAAAAAAUUAUGCGUUUAAAGAAUUUUACUUGAUUGCCACUUCUAUCGGAAUUAAUAUUAAUGAAAGGCAUUACUGUGUGAUUGACUGACCAGGUUGUGCAGUUAGUAUUUAUUCAUAGGUUGUCUUUACAGGACACAGAUUUGCAUUAUAUAUAUUUUUUGCAAUAUCUAGGAUAAAAACAAUGUUUGCUAUCAUAAAUCUAGUGCUUGUUCACGUUUAGCGAGAUAGCAAACUUUGUUCUCCAAUAUUUUUUUUUAUGAUAACCAAUGAGCUUUUUCAGCGCUAAUAGUGUAGUUUAGCGCAAAAAACGUAGGGCAACUCCGGAGAUAAAUUAAAUUAAAUUACCUAUUUAUGUCUCUAUAUUGUACAUUGUAGUUUUGUAUGACAUUGUAUAAACGGCAGGUAUCCGUGUACAUUCAGAACUUUUGGCUAAAGAAUGAACUAAAAAUAUUAAAAAAAUUAUCAUACAAAUUAUUGCGUAUUAGAGCAGAAAUGUGAUUUGUUUUACGAUGAAACGAGCUAUGUAAUGCGAAGUGAAAAUUUCUUUGUACCUAAUGUAAUGCACUUUUGUAUAGUUGUAACAAACUGCAGUUGGAAGACUAUAAAAGUCAACUAUAAAACUGAUGUAAAAAAAAGUCUAGAAGUAAGUAAAUUAACCUAUAAAUUUAACCAAGAAACACAUUUAAAGAGGGUUAUAUAUCUAGACGAGGUAAUCAUAGUCUGAAUACAUCUUAGUGUGUCAAGAGGAUUCUGGUAAUUCUCUUAACAUGUCUUAAAGUGUUAAGCUUUAUCAUUUAUAGCCUUUUAAUGGCAUUAGUGUACUUAGUGAAAAAUGACCCGCAUAUAGCAAAAUCCACUUUAAAAGAGAUUUUAUUUGAAAGCAAGGUUUUCCUACUUGCUCUUAAGCUCAGAUUGACGCAUCUGUGGGACAUUUCCUUGUGUACGAAGGAAUCUUACCUCGUUUUGUAGGUCAAAUUCUUUUGAAGCUCAGUUCACGAAAGUUUGUUUUAUCAGUCGCCUGGUAAAGGCCUUCUUAAGUCUCUCUUGAUACAAACAAAUGUAUUGGUGACUUUCAAAACAGAUUUUCAGCUUUGAGUUGUGAAAAGAGUGUUAUUUAGAAAAAACUUGAAGUGCAAAACUUUAAGCAUGAUUUCGGAGCAAUAUUAAAGUAUGUUCCAACGUAAA